AUGCUUUUAAACACGCGUAAAAAGGUGUUAAGUUUCAAGAAGCAAUGCACCCACUCAGCGGGAGUGUUAAAAAACUACAUAGAACUGGUAAAAGAAUCUCAGAAGAAAAAUGAAUCUCAAAAUGUACUAAAAACAGAGGCAGUGAUUCCCCAAGCAGCGGCAGGAACUUUCAUGCUGCUGCCAAACCAAAAAUAUGUUAAGAUCUUAGUGGGAGGACAGAACCAAGGUGCCAAUACAUUCCAAAAUGUAUUUUUGAACCUCAUACCUGCGAAUGCACUGAAUCCCGUGGUUAAUGCGCAAUCAGAGACUAAUGGAAUCAAGACAACGGACACUAACCAGAAUGUAUUUUUGAAUUUAAACAGCACAUUCCAGAAAUUUAUUCCACUACAGACACCUGAUCUUCAAAUAACUAAAAAACCCCCAGAAGAAUUGCAGAAACCUCCCAAUGUUAAUGUUAAUCAGAUCUUGACUGAAACGAAAACAGAGGAGUUGAGUGUGGAGAUAGAUCCUACCAUAUUUGGACUAGAAGAAGAUGAGGAUAGUUGUGAUCAAGAGGAGGCCAAUGACUAUGACGAGUUUGAAUAA